GUGUGAAAACAACUACAUUACCCAUGAUGCCUUAGCGGCAGAAAGCCACAAUCCACAAGGAAGCGAGGGCUUAAAAACCCAAACAGCUGACAGUAGCAGACAGGAGAAACGAGAGAAGAAGGGCAAAAAAACACACUGUUUUCAUGAGAAAGAAGGGAUUUUAUUCUUGUCGCGCAAUAUCUCGGACACACACACAAAAAUAACAAUGACAAUGGCCUCCGAGGUUUUUUCGUAUGAGAGCUUGGUUCAUGCUGUAUCAGGAGCAGUGGGAAGUGUGACUGCAAUGACAGUGUUCUUCCCUCUUGAUACUGCCAGACUAAGACUUCAAGUGGAUGAGAACAGGAAGGCAAAAUCAACUCCAUCCAUCCUGGCAGAAAUUGUCAAAGAGGAAGGGCUACUUGCUCCUUACAGAGGAUGGUUCCCGGUCAUCUGCAGCCUCUGCUGCUCCAACUUUGUCUACUUCUACUGUUUCCACUGCCUAAAGGCCAGCUGGCAGAAGGGAAAACAGUCAACACCCAGAACUGACUUAAUCACAGGCAUCGCUGCAGGUAUUGUGAAUGUAUUAGUGACCACCCCUCUGUGGGUGGUCAAUACCAGACUGAAGCUUCAGGGCUCCAACUUUCGCAAUGCAGACAUCCGGCCCACCAACUACUCUGGCACUCUUGAUGCAUUUGUGCAGAUCAUCCGUGAUGAGGGUGUGGGAGCACUGUGGAACGGGACCUUCCCAUCCCUGCUGCUGGUGCUGAAUCCUGCCAUCCAGUUCAUGAUUUACGAAGGCCUGAAGAGGCAGCUAAGAAAAGGAGUCCCUAGAGAGCUGUCAUCUCUGGAGGUCUUCUUGAUUGGUGCUGUUGCCAAAGCUGUUGCCACCACUGUUACGUACCCACUGCAGACGAUACAGUCAGUUCUCAGGUUUGGUCAGUUCAACACAUCAACAGAGAAGUCAAAGCUACUGUCCGGUCUCAGGGCUGUCAAGUGUCUGCUGCUCAAUAGGGCGAGGAGGUACGGCGUGUUGGGUCUGUUUAAAGGCCUGGAGGCCAAGCUGCUGCAGACGGUGCUGACUGCUGCCCUCAUGUUUCUUCUCUAUGAGAAGAUUGCCGCCUGUACCUUCAGAGCCAUGGGACUGAACAGCAACCACUACAAGAAGCAUUAGCUGGCAAAACAUUAUAUAACCCAAGACACUUGAGAGCAUUAAAGCACUGAAGAACUGUAAAAAUCACUGCUAACCCCAUGAUACAGGCUUCAAUUCUCUGCAAACCUGUCACUCUCUUCCAAACAGUCACUACGUUUACAUGCAGUCAAAAACCCUUUCAUAACCGGAAUAUUAGCAAUAACCCGGUUGCGUACGGCCAUGUAAACACCCGCAAAAACCCGAUUAUGCUCAUAUUCCGGUUUUUAAAAACCUGAAUAAGACCCCUGGGUUACUCCUUUUCUAACCCGAAUAUCUCGUCAUAUAAACGUGCAUCGGAAUAUCCCCAUAGAAAGAAAUAUUAAUUUGCGUUCUGCGCAUGUUUCAUCCGAAAGGAAUCUUGGUCUUUUGAGUACGGCAACUACUUGUAUGCCACGCGACCCACCGGAAAUACACAAGGAGAGGUAAACAGACAUGGCGAAACCCACACAGCGUCAGCACAGCGUCACACAACAGGAGUAACUGUCUGUUUAGGCAUGUAAACGGGUUAUUCCAAAUGUUUCAGAACCGAAAUAUUGACCUUAACCCGAAUAUUGAUGGCAUAUAAACGUAGUCAGUGAAUCUUUAAUGGUGACCUCAUAUUGCAAAUAUUCCGUCCAAUAAAGCAUUCUACUCAUGAA